AGAAGACGCACACAAAGGAAAAAUGGCAACGAUAGACUAGGAAGCUUGAAUAUCGAAGCUUGGCCUCAUCAUUGGGCGUCCGACAAUUUUCCUCUUGUUGGUUGAUAGGGUCCAAGCUUCUUUCAUGGAAGUCGCUCCCUUGGAUCGUGAGCACCUUCCGUUUCACUUCACCAAGUGGGUAUUUUGGCAGUCCUUGUCGAUUCCCCUUACAUUGCCGUGGAACAUUGAAGACACCGUACAGCGCACAUAGGUAUGUACUGCGUUGCGUUGCCUUGCUUUUUGCGCUUGCGUGUGCAAUAGUUGCGCACCCGUCACCCAAUUCUUUCCUACCGACCUUAAUCAACAACGCGAGUCACACAACAAACGAGACAAGCUAAGACGAAGCCAAGCACGGCAGUCUCAAAACACCCCCGGUUCAAGAAAUAGCGUGAGUCCAUUCCUCCACCACCUCUCGUUGCUUUCAAUUUGCACUUAUCCACAUGGUCUCCCCCCUGCCAUCUCCAGCGUCUCCUUUCCGUUAGGUUUUUCAUUCAAAAGGGUCAGAUCUCACCCGCCAGGGACACUCGAAAGCUGAUCUCUGCAAUCUGGAAUCAGGGUAUCAAGGUACCACUGCCGGAGGUAGGUAUCCAGAAAGAUACACGGGUGCAACCUUCUUGACCACCCAGAAGCUGCCCUGUCCUGGUUCCUUGCUUCUUUCUUCUGCCGUGGCCUGCAACCUAACGACUGGCCCAACCCUCCUCAAUCCUACCUAGUCCCAGCUCCCUCUGCUGGUGAGCUUGGCGUCAACAACAACAACUGAGCACACCGAAUUCAAAUACCGACUAUUUGACCCUCCAGAUUGAGGAAACGGAAUACCUACAUUUAUAGUCUAAAGCGGGUUAUCCUGCGAAACCGCCAAAAUGAGCGACAUACCUAGUAACACCUCCGACACUUCGGAGGCCAAGGAGCCGGUCUCGCUGUCGGGCAUGAUUGUGACCUUGGUCCCGAUCCUCAUCACAUCCGCAAUCUACCUAGCGAUUUUCCUGGUUUUGCGCAAGAGCAACCGAAGAUACUAUGCUCCCAGAACCUACCUAGGCAGUCUGCGAGAAAAUGAACGAUCGCCAAGCUUAUCAAAUGGCCUUUUCAGCUGGGUCAAAGAUUUCUGGAAGAUACCCGACGUUUACGCCCUUCAGCACCAGUCGCUCGACGCAUACCUGUACAUCCGCUACUUGCGCAUGGCCGUCACCAUCUGCUUCGUCGGUUGUUGCAUCACCUGGCCCGUCCUUUUCCCCGUCAACGCCACGGGCGGUAACGGCUUGAAACAGCUGGACAUCUUGACUUACGGUAACAUCAACCGCGAGACACGAUACAACCGCUACUAUGCCCACGUUUUUAUCAGCUGGAUCUUUUUCGGUUUCGUCAUGUACCUCAUCAUGCGAGAGUGCAUCUUCUACAUCAACCUGCGCCAGGCCUUUCUCAUCAGUCCUCUUUACUCCCAACGCAUCUCGUCCCGUACUGUCCUCUUUACUUCGGUCCCAGAGCCCUACCUCGACGAGCAAAGGCUGCGCAAGGUCUUUGGCGCCUCCGUCAAGAAUGUGUGGAUCACAAGCGAAACCAAGGAGGUCGACGAACUGGUCGAGGAGCGCGACAAGGUUGCCAUGCGCCUCGAAAAGGCCGAGGUCAAGCUGAUCAAGCUUGCCAACCAGAUCCGCCGAAAGGCCAUGAGCAAAGGUGAUGUCAACGACGUUGACAAGCAGGCCCCCCUGGAUGCCGAGUCCGGUAGCAUUGCGGCCCGCUGGGUCCCUAGGAACAAGCGCCCGACUCACCGUCUUGGACCCUUGGGCCUGAUCGGCAAGAAGGUCGACACGAUCGACUGGUGUCGCGAGGAGCUUACGCGUCUCAUUCCCGAGGCUGAGGCAGCUCAGGACAAGUACCGCGAUGGAGCCUUCAAAAAGGUCCCCGGCGUUUUCAUUGAGUUCAGGACCCAGGCCGAUGCUGAAGGAGCUGCCCAGAUCCUGGCCCAUCACCGGGGACUGCACAUGACGCCCAAGUACAUCGGUAUCCGUCCCAACGAGAUUGUGUGGAAGUCGCUAGCCAUUCCUUGGUGGCAGCGUGUUAUUCGUCGCUAUGCCGUCUAUGCCUUCAUUACCGCCAUGAUUAUCUUUUGGGCCAUUCCUGUGGGUGUUGUUGGCAUUAUCAGCAACGUCAACUACCUCAAGACUAUCUCAUUCCUGACAUGGCUCGACGAUAUCCCCGGCUUCAUCUUGGGCGCUGUUACCGGUUUGCUGCCCUCCAUCGCUCUUUCCAUCCUCAUGUCUUUGGUCCCGAUCGUCAUCCGUAUCUGUGCCAAGCUCUCCGGCGAGCCCUCGCUCUCCCGAGUCGAGCUGUUUACUCAGCACGCUUACUUCGCUUUCCAGGUGAUCCAGGUGUUUUUGGUGGCUACUGUCGCUUCAUCUGCCACUGCCGUCGCGAAGCAAAUUGCUGACAAUCCAGGCUCGGUGACGAAGCUCCUUUCCGAGAACUUGCCAAAGUCUUCCAACUUCUACAUUUCCUAUUUCAUUGUACAGGGCUUGAGCAUUGCGACUUCGGUCUUGACGCAGGUAGUCGGAUUCUUCGUCUUCAACCUUGUGUACAAGUUCCUUGCCAAUACCCCUCGUGCUCUUUACACCAAGUGGGCGAACCUAAGUGCCAUUUCCUGGGGUAGCACCAUGCCAGUCUAUACCAACAUUGUGGUCAUCGCCAUUGCGUACGCGACUAUUGCUCCUCUUAUGCUGGGCUGGGCUACGGUCGCUAUGGGUUUGUUCUAUCUCGCCUGGCGCUACAAUGUCCUGUUUGUCACGGACACUCAGAUCGAUACGCGGGGUCUCAUUUACCCUCGUGCCAUCAAGCAGCUCUACACUGGCAUCUACCUGGCUGAGAUUUGCAUGAUUGGCCUUUUCGGUGCCUCUGUUGCCCCCGGUCCGCUUGUCCUGAUGGUCAUAUUCCUCAUCUUCACUAUCCUCUUCCACAUCAGCAUGAACGCUGCCCUCAACCCGCUAUUGUAUAAUCUUCCUCUUACUCUCCUUGCGGAGGAGGAGGGCCCUCUGCUCGACACUCCCGUUGACUCGCAUACCGCUGAGAACGGGCUUGGUGGCGAACCGCGCAAUGGAGUUAGCCCGACAACUGGCGCUAACUACACCGAGAAGGUUCCGUCAAACGGUACCAAUGGUGCUCAAAGCCGCGCGGAAGAUCCAAUCCUUGGUGCAAAGGAAGCCCUUGAUGCUUCGAGGCACCAGCCCAACCACGUGACGGGCAAGAAACCCAACUUCUUGGUCAAAUUCCUCAAGCCUUGGAUCUACUCGGACUACGACACCCUGCGGGCUUACCUCCCUAGGGGUGUCCAGCUCGAUCCGUACACCGAAGAGGUCGAAAGAGAUGCGUACUGCCCGCCCAAUGUCACGUCGGAUGUACCGCUUCUUUGGAUCCCCAGCGAUGCCAAUGGUGCCGGCGUGUCUCGCCAGGAGGUUGAGCACACAAGCCGGGUCGUCCCCAUCACGGAUGAGGGCUGCGAGUUGGAUGAGAAGGGACACUUGGUUUGGGAUCGGGAGGGAACCAGGCCUCCUAUUUGGGAGGAGAAGAUCUACUACUAAAAGUAGAUCUAUAUUGUCUAAUGCCCUUUUGUAUUGUUUCCUUGGUGGAGGCACGAUCAACCUAAUAUCUUGACGUUGCCCAUGGUUUGGAUUGGAACCUUGGUUUUUCUCUUUAUACCCGGCAUACUGGCCUCCUUACCUAACGAGAAGUAAUUGUUUUUCUCAACUGAUUGUCUGUCAUGGCCUUUGUCUGUCUUAAUCACUAUUCGACUAUGUGGUUUUGUCUGUUGCGAGCUUGGAGUAAAACGAUGGUUGGCAUUUGUCGCUAAAAAGAAGAGAUGAUAUCGAUUCCGAAUUGUUUACUUAAUGGGAUGUCACGACCUGGGGGUUUAGAUACACCUACACAGCAGUAUGGUCUCAAAAGUGUUUCAAUGCAAUCUAAACUGAUUGAUACCCUGCUGCACGAAAUGGUAUAUAACAUAAAAAUGCAAAUUGCUCAUGAAAAUG